AUGGCUCUCAGUCAAAUCAGCCUGCUUCGUGCAGCUCUUGGGAUGAUGUCCGUGAUUACUUUGAAGGAGUUAUCAUCGAUCCCUAUUCAGACUGCCCGCAUUGAUGUUAUUGAGGAUAGAGUCUCUGCGGUGGAGAGUAGACUCGAUGACUCUUCUUCCAGGAUCGAUGACGCCACUCUUGCUGAAAUGUAUGAGCAGAGAAGAAGAGAGCAUAAUUGUAUUCUCUACAAUUUCCCGGAGAAUAUCUCUUCGUCACAGGAUACAAUGGCUUUGUCAGCGCUUCUUGUUGGCGUGAAGUUUGACACCUCUGGUAUGGCUACCUUGCGCCUUGGAAAGAAGGUCGUUCAUAGAAUUAGACCAUUAAAGAUUGUCCUUCGUUCUGCUGCUGACGCCCAAUGGAUCAUGCGGCACUCUCCGGAUAUUUUUAAAUCAGUUCCUGGCGUGAAGUGCGGACCUGAUCGUACCAUGCACCAGCGACAGCAGUUACGGGAGACACUUGCUGAGAUUGAUACCAGAACGCGGGCGGGAGAAAAUGAUCUUAAACUUAAGUUUAUUAAUGACAUCCCCAGUAUUUCAUCGUCAAAAAACGCUAUUCCGGUGUUUCUUUGUGCAUCAGUGGAUCCGCUUGCUCCGUCCGACAGAUACCAUGAGCCUUUGGUCAUUGCUGUCAACGUCGUUGUAACCACUUCGACUGAUUCUUUACCUCAUAGUGCUCUUACCUCCUUCAAUUUCAAAAGGGCCAACUAUAGUGAUAUUAAUUCAUCUCUGGUAUCUACUGAUUGGGAUGAUCUUUUUGAUGGCCACCAGCAUGAUGUCGACAUGGUGGUUGAUGGUUUCUACAGAAAGUUGUCGGAAAUUAUUGGCUGCAAUGUACCUCUAAUGGGCUCUUUUGUUGCUAAAUUCCCGAAUUGGAUGUCUGCGGAAUUGAGAUCUGCAGUCUCUCAGAAGAAGUUGGCCCAUCGGACAUUUAAGGCUACGGGGGAUGGUGGUGCACUGCAUGACUUCAGGAUCUUCAGGACGGCUUGUAAGCGCCUUGCGUUACGUGAUUAUGGCCUGUUUAUUGAAGGCGUUGAAGAGUCGUUGCAAUCUGAUCCGGGAGAAUUUUGGAAGUUUGCAAAUUGUAAGGAUGGUCGCUCUGGUUAUCCUGAUAAUAUGUAUUUUAAUGAUGUUGCUGCUCAUCAUGGCCAGGAUAUUGUUAACUUAUUUGCGGAUCGAUUCUCAUCGGUCUUUUCUGCGGCCUCUCUUCGGGAUGGCCUUAACGGGCUUUCCUUCGACUCACAUGCGCUGUCAGAAAUUUUGUUCGUGCUCGAAGAUGUGAAGCUUGGUCUUGUAGGCCUUAAACCUUCAUCCGCGGCUGGGCCUGAUGGAAUUCCGUCGACUUUCUUUAUUAAUUGUGCUCAUAAUUUAGCUCAACUGAUUCUUUAUAUUAUGAAUUUAUCUUUACGUACAGGUACCUUUCCAUCGGCCUGGAAACAGGCUUAUGUUAUUCCAAUGUACAAGAAGCGUGGUGACAAAAGAGAUAUUUGUAGUUACCGUCCGAUAGCCAAGCUGAAUGUCCUCUCCAAGUUGUUCGAUCGUCUGGUGUCCAUCAAACUGUCACCCUUCCUUCUUCGCUCUAUAAAUGUCUCCCAGCAUAGUUUUGUUCCCCACCGUUCCACAGUCACUAACCUCGCAGAGUUCGUAGAAUUUGUUACUGAUGCUUUUGAUCAGGAUCAUCAAGUGGAUGCUAUUUAUACUGAUCUCACUAGCGCCUUUGAUUGUGUCAAUCAUCAACUAUUAGUAGCUAAAUUAUCAUUUUAUGGUGUUCAUGGUCCUUUCCUCUCCUGGUGUUUCUCUUAUUUAUCCCAUAGAUCAUACUCCGUAAAACUUCAAAAGUUUGUCUCUUCACCGUACUUGGCUGCUUCUGGGGUGCCACAGGGCUCGCACCUUGGUCCUCUAUUUUUUAUUAUUUUUGUAAAUGAUGCUUUCUCAGUUAUUAAGUCCUCUUAUAUCUCCUUCUAUGCCGACGAUGCGAAAAUAUUUAAAGUUAUCUCCUCCGAUAAAGAUGCUUAUGAAUUACAGUUGGAUCUGGAUAGAUUUUGUGAUUGGUGCUCAUUAAAUGGGCUCUUAUUGAAUAUAGAUAAAUGUGCAGCUCUGUCGUUCUCUCGUAGUAAAGCGCCAUACAUUCAUAACUAUUCUUUCCUUGAUGUUGUUAUUGGUAGGGUUAUUGAGUUUAAGGAUCUCGAAGAACCUAGAAAUAUGUCUGUAUGGUUUAAAAUAAAUAAUUAUUCUGAUGUCAAAGUUGAUGACAUAUUCACUGGUCACUAUCCAGGAUAA